AUGAUGCCAGAUACAGAAAAAGGAAAUCAGACAGGAAUUACAGAAUUCAUCCUUCUGGGUUUUGGGACUUUCCCUAAAGUGCAGCUUCUUCUUUUCUGGUUCUUCUUGGUGAUUUAUCUGAUGACACUAAUUGGAAACCUUCUCAUCUUUCUGCUAGUUGUGGCUGAUCAGCACCUUCACACCCCAAUGUACUUCUUCCUGGGACAUUUGUCUUCUCUGGAUGCUUGCUAUAGCUCUACCAUCUUGCCAAAGCUGUUGGCUAGCCUGCUGACUGGUGAGAGAACUAUUACCAUACAUGGAUGCCUAGCCCAAUAUUAUUUCUUUGGGCUUUGUGCAGGUACAGAAACCUAUCUUUUGGCUGCCAUGUCUUAUGACCGCUAUUUGGCAAUUUGUAAGCCUUUGCUCUAUGCUUCUGCUAUGAAUAGGAAAUUCUGUUUCCAGCUUAUCGCUGGGACGUGUGUAAAUAGUUUAACAUUUAACAUAAUGCUGGUGGCUCUCCUGGCUCAGUUAUCCUUCUGUGGCCCUAACGUCAUAGACCAUUAUUUUUGUGACUUCUAUCCACUGAAGAAACUGUCCUGUACUGAUACAGGUCUCCUUGAAAUUAUCACUUUUCUCAUGAGUUUUAUUUUUGCAAUUCCUCCCUUUUUGUUGACCCUCAUCUCUUAUAUCUGCAUCAUUGUCACCAUUAUCAAAAUCAAAUCCACCAUUGGAAGGCAAAAAGCCUUUUCAACCUGCUCCUCUCACCUCAUGGUAGUUUGUCUCUAUUAUGGCACAAUAAUCAUUGUCUAUGUGUUGCCAGACUCCCCCACUCUGAGACAUCUCAAUAAAAUAUUCUCCAUUUUCUAUACAGUGAUGACACCUUUGAUCAAUCCCCUAAUCUAUACUUUAAGAAAUAAAGAAGUCCACAAAGCCCUAAAAAGACUUUGUGGUAACAUGAUCUUUGGCAGAAGUCACUUGAAAGUAUCAAUUUCUUUUCAAUUUAUUAGCUAG